UGAUUUAGUACCUUUCCUUUUUAUUGUACCAUGAGUCUAGGCAAGUUUAUUUGCCGACAUUUUUCACCUCUUUUCAUCUCCCCCCAUGUAUUUAAACAAAGAAAUUUGUUUUCAGAAAUUGUCAUUUUUUAUCAUUGCCUAUUCUGUCAUUUAUGUCUAAAAAUAAAAACACGAAGGAAAUUGACACAAAUUGGCAAAACCAGACAAUUUUUUCAAUUAAUUCACCUCAUUACACUCUCCUACAAACAGAGACUUGUUGCAAGUAAACUUGCAAUACAUUUGAAGAGUAGUCCUUUUGCCACCCAAGUCAUGUUCCGCUCACUACUUUUAUUCACACGAAAACAAACAAAUAAAUCACUAGUUUACGAUACCCUAAAAUCAGUUACCAUCUUGAUUAGUAUAUGGACAUAAGCCAUCCUUAUGGGCACCUCAUAUUUACACACAACAACAAAAAAUGGUCAAUAAGGACAAAAAACAUACAAACAAGCUUAUCAAUCUCUGCAGGUUUUUAAGUUAUUUCCUUUACUAAUUAGCAAACAAACGGCAUUUAUAAAAAUACCAAAAACCUAUAAAUUAUGGGAGGAUACGAAAAACAUUAACACUUUGUCGUGGAAUAUCGGAUCGAGUGCUACAAACAACAAAGCUUACCAUGAAUUAUACCUUGUUCACAAAGGAUCCUGAGCAUUUGGUAAAAGUACCACAAUCAGAGGAAAUUGACAACUUUGUGGCAAUGGCUUUGCGGUUUUUAAUUCAAAAUGUCUUGCUCAAAUUAUGCGAUUCCGUUUUUCUGACAAUAUCAACAACAUCCCCAGCAACGGAACUCUGGUUUGAAGAUGUACUUGCGAAAUUGUUUGCCUCCUGGGGUUAUAUGGCCAUUACAAUUGUUCGGCAUAACAGCAAGCGUCAAGAUGUAGUGGUACCUGGAAGGCGUUUUUGUAACAUGAUAAUGGUCGAUUCAUUUGAGAAUUUACAGCGUACCAAUAUAUCCCAGCACAACAGCCAGUAUGAUACGCAAGAGUACUACAUAAUAUUUUUACAAAUACGUGACGCCCAAAUGCCAGAGGAAAGAGCGAAAAUUCUACAAUAUUGCCUGGAUAAUUAUUGGUUACAUUGCAAUGUUAUGAUACAAAACGCAAAGGGCGAAGUUCUGAUCUACACCUAUUUUCCAUUUCAAGAGGAUGCUUGUUUCAGUAGCGAUCCAGUGCUGAUAAAUCAGUUUGAUGGUGUACGUUUUGUAAAUGACGUUAUGUUUCCGAUCAAAGUUCAAAAUCUGUAUGGCUGUCCAAUACGUAUGAAUCUUUGGGAAAUACCACCGUUUAUCUUAUUCCCCGAUAAUACAACGGAAAUUUAUACCGGCCUAGAGAUGAUAAUUUUAAAAACUUUGAGUAAACAUUUGAAUUUUACCAUCGAUGAGGAUAGUCUUGCUGAGAGAAGGGAUUUGGGUGACGAUCGAAUGGAACCAUUUAAAGUGUUACAGCGACGUGAAACAAAUAUAACUGCGGGAUUCUUUCGUCGUACCCCCGAAAGAGAUGACCUUGCUACGUCCACCUAUGUUACGUUCAGUGUACCCCUUGCUGCUGUGGUUGUACGACGAGAAAGCGGACAUGAAUCCUUGAAUGUAUUGAUAUUUCCCUUCGAUAUGCCGACCUGGGUGCUGCUCAUCAUAAGUUCCCUCAUAUUAAUAAUAAUUAAUUAUUUCCGUCAGAAAAAUGUUCGCUCUGCCAGUACUUGGCAAAUAAUUGAAUCCCUGUUGGGAUUACCGUCGGUACGAAUACCUGAAAGACUUUCACCACGAGUCACUUUCAUCAUUUGGAUGCUGUCAACAUUCGUACUGCGACUAGUCUAUCAGUCGAUACUAUUCUUCUUGUAUCGUACCCAAUUCUAUCGUCAACCACCGACCACUGUAAUCGAUUUUGCAGUGUCGGGCUAUCGAGCCGUGUGUACUCAACCGACAGCACCUCUCCUGACGUAUAUACCACAGUUUAUGGAUAACUCUUUGCCUUUGAUUGUCCUCAAUACCACCGAUGAAAUGGCACCCCUAAGAUAUAUAGAUAAAAAUUCGCACGAAAAUUUGGUGGCCAUCACCGUGAGAGAUUUCGUUUUUUAUUAUGUCCACACAGAAUUGUCAAGGAGUAAAGUUUUUAUAUUAAUGCAAAUGAGUCUCAACGAUCAAAAGAUAACGUUUUAUGUUCCGAAGCAUUCGUAUUUGGCCGAACGUUUGGAAAACUGCAUUUUAGGUUAUCAUCAGAUGGGUUUUAUGGAACUUUGGCGCAAAUUGACAUAUGAAUCGUUUCGGAUUUCACAAUCUAGCUACUCUACUAAAUACGAAGCAGCAUUAUUAGUAAAUUUGAGGCAAAUUAUGAGUUUUAUAUACCUUGUAGUAUUUUUGCAAUCUGCAUCCAUAGUAAUAUUUGUAUUAGAGUUAUUGUCGAAAAAGUUUGAUUUUCUAAAGAAACUUUUUUGAAUCGAAUAAAUACAUCUACAUUAACGUUUAAUGUUGUUAUGCACUUUCCGACAUUAGAGCGCAACCAAAUACCGCUUCAACACGAAAUUUGAUGUAUUAAUUAAUGAAUGUAUUUCAAUUGAUUUUAAAUAAAAUUUA